CACUACGACAUAAUUACAGUUUUGUGAACACGUUGAUACUACCUGUUCAAACAUUAAUACUUGCAAGACCUGUGAUACUUUUGGUGGAAUGGGUGGUCAGUGUACGGAAAUCGAUGUGAUGCCCGUAAGUGGUUAUGAAAUACAGUGUCCCCCACUUUGUUCGUGAAAGAUGGUUUUGAGAAUAUACAGAAUACUUACACUCCUUGAUAAUGACCUCUAUGUGGGAACUAUAGAACGCAACGAUCGCUGAAUAUGGAACCUACAGUUUUUUAUCGGAUCCUUCAGGAAUAGUUCACAAAAUUCAGAGUGAGAUUUAUGCUCGGGGUCCUGUUGCCACAGGAGUCAAUGCUGAACCCAUUGUCGAGUAUACUGGCGGUCGCGUCGAUGACACCAAGUUUUGGCACAUGCUGGUGAACCACAUCGUGAGCAUCGUAGGAUGGGAAACAGACGACGAAACGGGCGAUGUCUAUUGGAUAGUUCGAAAUUCUUGGGGUAGGUAACCUCCAUUGUUUUGGUUCUGGUCAAACAGCGCAACAAACUCCACUAGACCCAAAACCCGCAUUUGUCUUACCCAUUCUAUUGCCCUUGAUUUGUUCUCAAUCUUUGUCGUGUCACCAGGUCAAUACUGGGGAGGUGAGCAUGCUGAUCUGUAAUUAUUAGUCUUCUUUCGUGAAACUCAAGCGAGAGCUCUCUCUAACAACUUCCUUUUUGUGUCUCCAUCAUAGAAAUGGGAUAUUUCCGCAUCCUAGCUGGUCACAAUUCCCUUGGUAUCGAAAUGGACGUAGCAUGGGCCACACCUGGACAAUUCACUGUUCACAACUUUCCCUGUUACGAAGAUGGUGCUAACUGCAAUGGAGGAGUAGCUACUCAGUAUUAUGAAGAUCCGUCCAAGAAUGUGGAAAAAGUCAAUGAGCGUCUGAUGCGGGAAAAGAAGAGGCGUCUCACAUCCGUACGCAAGAACGUUCGCGGUUGAGAAACAUUCGAUAGUGAUAUUGCUUUAUUCUUUUUAUUUUGUGUAUUGACUGAACUACUAAAAUAAUUACUAGAGUACCUC